AUGAAUUCUACCGUUGGACUUUGGUAUUAUUUCAGAUAUCAUCGUGUAGUGGAACGAUGGCAUCAGCAAUCAUACUGUUUAAACCGUACUGUAGCAUGGGAAUACCGAUAUAUACCAUGUCGGUAUUUUCUCCUUACAGUUUGUCGUUUUAAAACCGCAAAUCUUAAUUCAAAAAAUUUUUAUAAUCUGUUAGGAAUAGAAAAAAUGGCAACACAAAAACAAAUAAAACAAGCUUUUUUCAAGUUGUCAAAAGAAUAUCAUCCAGAUUCAAAUCCUAAUGAUAAACGUUUACAUGGAAAAUUUGUUAAAAUUAAUGAAGCAUAUAAUAUUCUUAGUAAACAAUCAUCGAGAACGACCUAUGAUCAAAUGCUAAACAAUUCACAAGCUCUUGCCCAUCAACGACAAUUUGGGUCUUCAUCAUCGGCGUAUUCAAAUGAAGAUCCUUUUAUAAACAUCAAUCGAGCACGAAAACAAUAUUAG